AUGCUCAGGCUCACCCAUGGGGACCCCCGCCCCUCUCAGCACAGCCCAGCCCCACAGCUCUGGGACCCCACCGUCACCCGGCCCUUCGCCCUUGCCUCUCCACCCUUCCCAGCGCACACGGCAAGGACCAGCCCGGAGUGGGAAAAAGAGCCCUUGCCCAGGGAGGAAAUCCACGCUGGCAGGAGAAGGGAAACGUGUCCCUCUGACUCACCCCACCCCACGGUCGCCCCGCCGGGCCCCACUCACGCCGGGGACGAUCUCCUGAAGCUGUACCUGCCGCGUGCGGCUCCCGGGGGAGAUCCCGGCACCAUCUGCAGGCCCGGCGGGACCGAGCGGGGCGGGACAGGGACGGGACGGGACGGGACGGGAGCGGGGCGGAGCCACGCCGGCGGGCCUCGCGCCACGGCCGGGGCUGCCCGCGCCGGUGCCUGCCGCCGCCCGCGAACCUCCCGCCCGCGCCCGUCGCCGCCGAGCUCCCCACCCUGCCUCCCGAGCGCCACGCUUCGUCCCCACGGCCGGAGGCGCCGCGGCGAGACGGGCUGCGAGCGCGGGGUGCGGCUCGGGGACGGGGCGGAGCACCGUCUUUGGAGCACUGGGGGUCAGAGCGGCGCCGUCCUUAGGAGCACCAGUCCGGUCCGGGUUUUCCCCCAUUCCGUAUUCCGGCCGAAAUCCAAUUCGGGCUUUCCCCCAUUCCCCGCCCCCCCCCCCCUCAUCCGCCGUCGCUCCCGGUGUUCCCAGAGGACGCCGCGGGACCGGCUGUACCCAGAGCUGUGCGGGGUCCCGCGGGAGGGGUUGGGGUGCUGCGAUGGCGGGUCGGGGCUCGGCUCGGCCCCCGGGGGUGGCAGGGCUCGCUGUGGAGCCGUGCAGGGGCUCAAAACCCGGACGAGCCCUCCUUUUGGCUCCCGCCCAGCUGGUCCCCCCAGCACUCACCCAUGUUCAUCCCAAGGGACACUCCGAGCCCCGCCAGGACGGGACAGCAGGUUUUUCUCGGCUGACUGGAAGAGGGCAGCUAACCAGCCACAGCAAACAGUGUCUUUUGCUGCUUCCCACAGGGAAAGAAAUCUUGUUUCUGAUCACUCUUCAGUUAGAAGUUUAUCUAGUGCAAAUGCAUCAGGGAGGAUCCAGGAUCUUCAUUUGUCAGAUGAUCUGAGUCCUGAGGAGAUGCAAGAAAUUACUUUCUCACUUCAAGUGGUGUUAUGCUGUCAGAGCCCUGAGAUUUCUCUUCAGUAUGGAAAGAUAUCAGCAUGUUUUCAAAAGGGGCACGUAUUGAAGCAAAUUGCUGAAAGUAUUGAGAGUAUGAAUCAGAAUAAGGCACCCACAAAGCACAUAGGAAAUUAUGCAAUUUUAGAGCACCUUGGCAGUGGAGCUUUUGGAAAUGUAUAUAAGGUUAGAAAGCAUAAUGGACAAAAUCUCCUAGCAAUGAAAGAAGUCAAUUUACACAAUCCAGCAUUUGGAAAGGACAAAAAAGACAGAGACAGCAGUGUAAAAAACAUUAUCUCUGAAUUAACCAUCAUCAAAGAGCAGGUAUGUCUCAUGAACUCUAAUAUGAUGUGUGGACAUUCUUGUGUGGAGAACUGCCUGGUGGAAAAGGACCGGGGGAUGCUGGUUGACAGCUGCCUGAACAUGAGCCAGCAGUGUGCCCAGGUGGCCAAGGGGGUCAAUGACAUCCUGGCUUGUAUCAGAAACAGUGUGGCCAACAGGUCCAGGGAAGUGAUUGUCCCUCUGUACGUGGCACUGUUGAGGCUGCACCUUGAAUCCUGUUUCCAGUUUUGGGCCCCUCACUACGAGAAAGACAUUGAGGUGCUGGAGUGCAAUCACAGAAGGGCAAUGUCACUGGUGAAAUGUAUAGAGAGUAAGUCAUGUGAGGAGCAGCUGAGGGACCUGGGGUUGUUUAGCCUGGAGAAAAGGAGUCACAGGGGUGACCUUGUCACUCUCUAUAACUAACUGAAAGGAGGUUGUAGCAAAAUGGGGGGUCGACCCAGGGAACUAGUGAUAGGACAGUAGGAAAUGGCCUUGAGUUGUGCCAGGGAGGUGUAAAUUGGAUAUUAGGAAAAAGGUUUUCACCAAAAGGGUAGUCAGGCAUCGGAACAGGCUGUCUAGGGAAGUGGUGGAGUCACCAUCCCUGGAGAUAAUUAAUAGUUGUGUAGAUGUGGCACUUGGACCUGGUUUAGUGAUGAACUUGGCAGUUGCUGGGCUAACAGUUGGAUGCAAUGAUCUUGAAGGUCUUUUCCAAAAGAAAUGAUUCUACAUAGCAGGGCUGCGAGCUGCUUUUACUUUUUUUGUUCCAUCAGUACAAGAUUGGCGCCCUUUACCUGAAUUCUGUCAAUAAUGAAAACCUGCUUACUGUAGUGUUAACAGCAGUGCAAAUGCUUGUUACUAAAAGUUCUUACUUUAUAUGUUGGCAGUAUUUGAACUUUUUUCAGAGAUUCUGUAAAUUAAGAUUGUGAUAAAAAAACUGCUGAGUCAAGUCUUGGUUUUAAAAUACAGUGAGAAGAUAUUUUUUUUCUUGUAACUGAAAACUAAAAAACCAGACUAAUCAUUAGUGCUCCUAAGCUAAGAAAGGCAAAACUUUGAUGCAGGUAUAAUUACUUGCCUUCAAACUUCGUUUACUCUCUUUCAGUUAUUAAGGGGAGAGGGGAUAGGAAUCAUACUGUAUUUUCCUUCUGGUUGCUCUAGUAAUGUGCAACAUUUCUCUGUGUUUGGGGUAGCAGUGAAGGUCUACUGCACUGCAGUUCACAAACAACUUUGUGGAAUCCUUGUGAUAUCCUUCCUUCCAGUGUGUAGCUAAACAUUAUAAAUACUAUGCCAUCUGUUAAACUGUUCUAAGCAUUUACAUUUCUUUCCUUACUGUAGCUUUAUCAUCCAAAUGUUGUAUGGUAUUAUUGAACCUUCUUGGAAAGUAAGUAUAGGUGCAGAGAUUUACCACAUUUUACAUAAUGAAGAAAUAGAAAUAUGUAAUAAAACCACUUACAGCUUGUCAGGAGUCAAAUUUGAGCAAUAAUCUUUCUUCAAGAACUGCUACAGUUCAGACAGGCUUAUAUUCCUUUAAAACUGGAAGAACGGUUAGAAAUUACAUUUGUUUAUCUAUCAGUAAAACUAGAUGCAAUGUAAACAUGUGGCAAGCAUCAUUCUUCUCCUAAAAAGGUACAAAAUUUAGAACUGAAAUGCUAAAUAGGGAGAAAAGCUAUAGUGAAUAGUAGGAUGAAAGAUACAGAUUGCCCAGCCACAUUGUCUUAAUAACUUUUUUAUGAAAAGUUAUCUACAUACACCUGCCCCCUGAGUGAUUAUCAGACAGUGGUUUCCUGAUAGUUGCUAUGACGUAAGUUGAGGAAAAAAUGGAAUACCAAGGAGUAGGACUAUGAUUAAAAUUAAAUUUUUAAAAAGUAAAAACUAACAGCUUCUAAAAUAUAUUUUUACCUCAAAUACUCUAUUUUCAAAUGCCUUCUGUAUACAUAUAAUGUUCUAUUAAUAUUCUUUUAUAUAGAUGACAGAUUGUACAUAGUCGUGGAGCUCAUAGAGGGGGUGCUAUUGGGAGAACACUUUCACCCUUUGAAGGAAAAACAACAAUAGUUUACAGAAGCCAGAAUAUGGCCUAUAUUUAUCCAAGUAAGGGCCUCCAUUCUUUUUUGCCAGAACUUUCCUGCAUGUAAUUAGAAUCACAGAAUCAUAGAAUUAACUGGGUUGGAAGAGGUCUUCAAGAUCAUCAAGUCCAACCCUUGAUCCAACCCCACUGUGAUUUCUAGAUCAUGGCACUCAGUGCCACAUCCAGCCUCAUCUUAAAAACCUCCAGGAACGGUGAAUCCACCACCUCUCUGGGCAGGCCAUUGCAAUGCCUGAUCAAUAAAUAGAAACAUUUAAAAAUAGCAUUUACAUUACAUGAACUGUUACUGUUCCCUUUAAAUGUAAUGUAAUUAUUUAACAAUUUUCUUUGUGUUUUUUUUGUUUUUUUUUUUUUCCCUUUUUUCAUUUGACUGAAUUCCAAGAAGACAGUUUAAAGAAAGGAAAUCGUAGUGUACAGCAAUAUGAAUAAUGGUAUCCAAACUGUCAUAACAAAGGCUCAGGUCAGUGGCAAAGGAAGUGAGGUCUGCAUUAGCAGUUUGACCAAUACUGUGUAAUGACCGGUGUUCUUAGAUAAUAGUGUAGCUUGUGCCUUAGUUUGACUUUGUGCUCUUUUAGAAAAUAACCCGUGUUCUCCCUCCGAUCAGACUGAGAUACAGUGAAACUACAGCAGAUGGUUUCCCAAAACUUUUUACAUUAUUUAAAAAAGUAAAAAGCACGUAUCUGCAUGUUAGUUGUUGACUACUAAGUAGCUCUUGCUGAAUCAAAGAGGGAAGAUAUUUUGAGCAUUUUAGGUAGCAUCAUCCACAACACAUUACUUUUGUGCUAGUCCUCCCAGUACUAUUUUAAUAUUUAAAUAUUUUUAAUAUUUACACUUAAUGUUCACAGUCCUGCAACAGUUUCCAAAGACACAAAAAUUUACUAUAAGCCUCUUGAAUAUCUAACUCUUUAAUGCUGGAAAUCAGGGUUUUGUGGUGCUGCACACCUUGUAUCUGGCUUCUACUUUGGGAGAGUUAAGUUUAGGUCAAUAUUACAAGAAGUGGAUAUAUAUAUCUAGUAAAGUAGAAAGGAAACAAAACCAAAGGCCCACAAGUCUAAUCACAGUAUUUAUUUAGUUGUGUAAAUAUUUUAAUCAGUGCCAGAAAGACCAUAACUCGGCAAACCAGUUUACAGUAAUCUGUCUUUAGUUCCAGUAUUCCUGGGCAGUAGUAGCAUGUUACGCUUGGACUUUUCCCUAUAUGAACAGGAGAAGAUCUGGUAUUAAGUGCAUAAAUCCCUAUUGAUAAUCCAUGGUUAAGUGAUUCGCUGCUCAUUUUACACCUUCUCUGCUUUAAGAUCACACAUGGUAUUAAAAUAAAAUGGCUAAGGAUGUAGCUUGUAUUUAGAUAUGUUUUGCCUUAAGGGAUGCAAAAGAGCAGUGAUAAUUGCUGUGCAUUGAUUUUUUUUCAUAGGGCUUAAGCCCUGUAAAAACUACGCCAAUGUAUUUCCAUUCCAACAGUCAGAGGAAAAUAAACAACCCUGCACUUUUUUUAGAUGCCUUGGUUUCCUGGAAUGGAGCUUAGUGCUACCGUGUACCUGGCUGCAGAGCCACCUCAGGAAGUCCCUCUUUUUUUCUUUUUCUUUUUUUUUUUUUUUUUCUCCCCCCUUUUUCUUUUCUCUUUUUUUUUCUUUUCUCUUUUUCUAAUUUAUUUAAAAAUAUGAAUGUUUACAUGAAGUGUAGGUCUUAAUUUUGACCACUCCAUUUAAAUUCUCAUCUAAAAUGUAUCACUUAAAAUGCAGUUGCAUGUUUAAAUUAUAUUCUAGACAACUCAUUCUUACUAUUUUCAUAUGUAUUACAGUGACAUGUUUCUCAUUCUGUUUACAUAUGCCCAAGUUAAUGACAAUUUCUUCCUAGCUUAAUUUUGCAGUUAUAAUAUUUUUACAGUUGUUCUGUGAAAUGUUCGAAAUUGCCAAGGUUGUCAUCAUAAAACCUUUUAGGGAAGAAUUUGGUGCCCUAAUGGUGUUUUUUUCCAACCAAGUAUCUUGGCCAUUUUUUUCACAUUUAAUGAAAGUUAUUCCAUAAGUUAUCAUUUGCUUCAUUCACUUUCAUCUCUGUCUUUAUAUGGUAACUUCCUAAAGGCAGGUUCAACAGGCUGUAAAAUAUAUCUGUAACAAAUAGUUGUCACAUCACAGAGCCUGCACCAUUCUGAAGGGUUUGUCUUGUACGUAUGUUCUGUAAAUCAUAAGGUAAAUGGUUCAUGACUUUCAGUUCAUAAAUUUAGUCUGUCAGAUGAACACCACAGCGAGCUUAGUUUUCUUUUUGCUUUCUUAUGAUUAGUAAUGUUUUAAUUACUCAUCUAGGACAAAAUUAUCAAGUACAGUACAAACGUGUGAAAUAUUUUCUUUAUACAAACAGUAAUUUAUUUUAUGGCAAAUUUUAAGACUAUAGAGGCACACAGCUUUGAGUCAGCAUAAAUGUAGUGCUAUAAAUAAAGCAAAUUGCUCAGUAUGUUUAAGUCGAUUUUAUUUUAUAAUGUUUUUAGUGAAAACCUCUAGAACUUUGUAGUUGGCGUUGAAGUUAACCUAAAGACACUUUCAUAUUGAAUUUAGUAUCUGUUGACAUUUAUUUGGAAUAAUGAAUAAGUUUGAAAAUUGAUACUUUUCUAAAUUAUUUUAUUGGAAAGACACAUCAUUUAUAGUAUUUUCUUUUCUAUUGUUGCUGAUGCUCCUGUGCAAAAGUGUCUUCCAGGUUCGGCUUCUGUGGCUGAACUGAGGUUUUGAUUUUAAUACUCUUUAUUUGAAAUGUGAUUACAUUCUGUACGGUUUGAAUUUUUUACAACUGCUUUUCUAAUUACAGUGACAUUUUCUUACUUUAUAACCAAAUCCAAAGCAAAUGAAAACAUUAUUUCAACUGUAGAAUCAACAUUCAGUUUAUACAGAAAACACAACUCUCAGACUUGUCUUUAAUGUGAAAGAUUGAGCCUUUGUGUUGUUUUAAUUACUGCUAGAAUAAAAUUAUCUUUUGUAACAUUUCAGAAAGUUGGUAAAAGCAAUAAAAAUAAUCUCCUGGACUCUA